UAAAACUAGUAAUUUCUCAUCCUGUCUCCGUCUCCCUCUCCGUGUGUCGUACUCCCGUGUUUCACAUUUUGUGAUUUUGAUUAAAAUUCCAAUAAUAUCUUCAAAGGCAUGGAGAUAUGGUGUUGAUCCACCCUCAGCCCGUCUAGAUUGGAGUAUAUGUAGUCGGCAAUUACUGCUCAUCCUCGAAGAAUGGAAUCAAAAUCCUACCCAAAUAGGCAGCAGCAUCGCCGGGCGUACGGUGGUGGAAGAGGGGGUCCGAGCCCGUUGGAAAUGGCUGCGACGCGACAACCACCUUCACUGCCGCAAUCUCAGCUGCAAAUGUCCGAUAACGACCGGAGCAGCCGUGAGCUUCGCGCACUGGAUUGCAACCUUACUUCCCUCUGCGAUCACAUCCAAUUGGAGGGAUUCAACAGUGGAGCCUUCUCCGACAUUGUCGUUCAAGCCAUGGGUUCCAGCUACCACCUCCACCGUCUCAUACUCUCCCGGAGCUCUUACUUCAGGAACAUGUUGCAGGGACCUUGGAAAGAAGCAAAUGCUCCGGUUUUGAGCUUGCAUAUAGAUGAUAGUAAUGUCAACGGGGAGGCUAUAGCGCUGGCUCUGGCUUAUCUUUAUGGACACCACCCAAAGCUUAACGAUGAUAAUGCAUUUCGAGUCCUAGCCAUGGCAUCCUUUCUUGAUCUUCAGGAUUUAUGCGAAAUAUGCACGGACUUUAUAAUAUCAGAGCUGUGGACAUCAAACUUCUUAACUUACCAGGUGUUCGCAGAGAGUCAAGAUUAUGGGAAACAUGGAGACCAAGUUAGAAAUGCCUGUUGGGGAUACCUUUGUCAAUGUGGUGCCAUGGAGUUAAAAGAGGUCCUCCCUAAACUCUCAUCUCAAACAUUGCAAGCUUUGCUAACAUCUGAUGAAUUAUGGGUGCCAUGUGAGGAGAAACGAUUUGAACUGGCAUUAUACAGUCUUCUCUCUAGGGGUGCUGUUUGCAACUUGAAUCAACAUAGGCAGGGAAGCUGUAGUUCUGAUUUAGGAACAACUUCACAUUGUGACUCUGUUCGAGUUAACACUAAAACCUUAUCUUAUGGCAGUACUGAUGAAAGGAUGGAACCUGAAUUGAGGAAUCUAAGCUUAAAAGACGGGCAAGAAGGCCAUAAUACUGCUCAUAAUAUUCUGGUUGAGCUUGCAGACUAUGUUGUUGACUCCUUCACUGAGGUACAUAAUGAGCAACAGUUGCAAGAACCAGUGCGCAUUGGACAGGCUUUGCCAAGUAACUCCUGUGCAUAUACUGCUGAAGCUAGCAGUGCUAGCCCCUCAUGUUCUAUGGUUAAAAUGCCGAUAAGUAGUGGUGCAAACAGUGUGGUUUCUUCAGAAGGGCCAUCAGAAGAAGAUACGUGUUAUCAAUCAAACCACGCAUCUUGGCUGCCUGUGGACCAAAGCAGAUGCACUCCGAUGAACGAUGUGCUUUUGCCCAGUGACUGGGGAAGAGGUAAUGUGCCUUCUCUAUCUUGGGGUGGUAGGAUCGUGGGGCGAAGAGAGACAAAAACUUUCUUAAAUGGACAGCCUGGAAUCAGCAGAGAUGAUUAUGAUACCUUCGUCAAUAUUUUUGAGGGAGGUUCUCUACUGUAUUGUAACAUGUCUUUUGAGGCACUUCUUACUGUGAGAAAGCAGCUUGAAGAAAUGGGAUUUCCUUGCAAAGCUGCGAAUGACGGGCCUUGGCUGCAGAUGCUCUUAAGCCAGCGAGUGCAAGAAAUCGAGGCGGACACUUGCAAAAAUUGCUGUCUUGUGAGUAUGGCCUGUGCAUGUAGGCAACCAUUUGGAUCUUCAUGCAAUGUUAGUGGGUAUUACAUGGCAGAUCAUGACCAUGGAAAUCCGUCGACAAAUUCCGGAAAUGUGUACACCAAUGAAGGAACUGGUCUCUUUAGGCCUGUGCGCAUUCAUGUCAGGGGACCCCUUGAUGGGCUAGUUGGAAUCGGGCGUGGAAACACAUUUGUUCCCGCUGCUCCUGCUGCUAGUCCGUCAACACGUUUUGUCUUCUCUCGGGUCCCGUUUGGGGUGGGUAAUGAUGAUUCAGAAAACAGAGGGGACCACCAUAACGUGGACAUGACUGGGGAUGGGUUGACUGCCUUGGUAAGUCUCAGCCAGGAGGGAAGCAAUAUGGUAACUACUGCUGUGCAGUUAGAGAGAGGUUAUGAGGUGGAUCUUCAGAGCAGGAUGGCGGGAUCAUCAGUAUCUGCAACUAAUGUUAGUAGUAGUAUAUCAACACAAAUGUUAGAAUCUGUUGGGAUUGAGUGGGAGAAUGACAACAACUCUAUAUCUUUGGAUGUGAAAACACCUUUAAGUCAUUUCCCUCCAUUUCGGUUUGGGGUUGAGUUUCAAGACGUUCUCAGGCUCAAUGAUGGUCAAGUCAAACAUUCACCCGAGUUUUUCUAUGCUGGUUCUUUGUGGAAGGUCACCGUCCAGGCUUUUAGUGACGAAGACCUGCAAGGACGCCGUACACUUGGGCUUUUUCUUCAUCGACGUAAGGCAGAGAUAACUGACCUGCCUAGAAAGGUGCAUGUGUAUGUUGAUUCUCGUGAAAAGGUCACUGCUAGGUAUCAGCUGGCCCAUUAUCGAUCCCUUAUGUAUAUUUCUGCAAGAAAGAAUACUAAGAGUGGACAGUGUUUUAGUUGAUAUGCCCAUGCAAAAGAGAAGUUACGGUGUUUGGGAGCUUCAAGGAGACGGGGACUCUUCUCCCUAAAGCUCCAAAGGGGUGGGGUUGGCGUUCAGCUUUGUUCUUUAAUGAACUUCCGGAUCUUCUACAAAAUGGGUCACUACGAGUCGCUGCUAUUGUACAGCUCAUUUGAUGUAUGCUUUGCUGUAUUAGAUGGAAUUUCGGCUAAACCUGUUGAUCUGCUUCACAUGUAUGAGAUGUAUAUUUUGGUCCGAUGUGAUGGGAAAACGAAGCAAAUUAUGUAUAUACUUUCCCACUUUCCCACUGCUUGCUGCAUUGAGUGCAUACUCCCAGCCUUAUUAUUAUUAGGUAAACAAAUGAUAGAUGAACUACCAUGUUGCACCUACUUCAUAAGUUCACAGCUCACAUUAAGGAUGGACUUAAACUGGUUCCUGUCUCCUAAAGAGCCUGAACCUGCCUGACAAUUCUGGAAAUGUUUAGGAGAAGGUAUAGCCAUGGCACUGGACCGGAAAAAGCCCAAUUACUGGCUCUGAUUCUAGAGCAUCAAGCAGCUAGUUUCUCGUUCCGUUUUUGGGCUGUAACUGAAACUGUCUGCUCCUAGCUCAUAUCCAUCAGGACAGAGGAGUACAACGCUUUGGUAGUCCAUCUAUCAUUUUCCUUGUUAUUAAUGAUGAUAUUGUUUUUGUUAUUACUGUUAUUGUUGCUGUUGUUAUUAUUGUCAUCAUUAUCAUUAUUAAUGUGCCUAAAUUUUAGUAUUCGCGGAUGAAUUCAUUGUUUUGUAUACCCCGAGUAAUGGUUCAUUAGUGCUUUAGUUUACAUCUACCAUUGUAUUAGAAUUAGCACUCUUUAAGAAUCGACAUGCCCAUUAUCAAAUCGUGAAACCAGUUUUGU